UCUAAAUUUUUGGCAUUCUGCAAUUAUAUUUAUCAAUGCUAUUUUCCACUAGUGAAAUUAUCUUGUUGUAGGCUAUUCCAGUCCCUAGAGAUAAGCUUAAGAUGCACCGAUAUUAAACUCAUCAAAUCAAUAGAUGAUGAAGUAAGAACGGACCGUCAAUUCACAAAGCUUGCAGAACUAAAUCCAUGCAUAUUGUCAUCUCUUGUUCAGCAUGGCAGACUCAAGGUCAGGACAUCUGCAGAACAAGCAGCAGCAAAACAGAAAGAACGCGAGAAAAAGAUGAAAAUCUACAAUGAAGUUACCGAAAAGAUCUUUACUAAGAGAAGAAAUAAUGAGAUGGACAAAGAAGCACUUGAGCUGACAGAGCAGAUUCUUGCAGCCAAUCCUGAUUUCACUACAUUGUGGAAUUUUAGGAGAGAAACKUUUUUAGCUUUUAAAGAGAAAAGGGGUUUUGAUAGUAAGCUAGAAGAAUGCUGCAAAAAGGAAUUACUAUUCCUUCAAAGCUGUCUUAAAGUUAACCCAAAGUCAUACAGUGUAUGGCAUCAUAGACAAUGGAUCAAUGAAUUUAUGCCUCAUCCGAAUUGGAAACAAGAAAUGCAGCUUUGUAACUUAUUCUUGUCUUUUGAUGAACGGAAUUUUCAUUGUUGGGAUUAUCGGCGGACAGUAGUCAAGAAAGCAAAAAUAACACCAGAAGAAGAAUUCAAGUUUAGCACRGAUAAAAUAGUAGAAAACUUUUCAAAUUAUUCAUCUUGGCAUUACCGCAGUAAACUAUUACCUUUGAUGCAUCCUCAUGAAAGUGGAAAUCCUGAAAGAAUUGAGGAAGAAGCUUUAUUGAGAGAGUUUGAGUUGGCACAAAAUGCAUUUUUUACUGAUCCGAAUGACCAGAGUGCUUGGUUUUAUCACAGGUGGCUGCUAGGGAGAGCUCAAAUACCUCUGGAUGUCACAUGUACUUACAUCAAUACAGACCACAAAAUAUUGAUCUUAUCAUUUUCACAGUUAGUCAAGGUAUCCUUGUUAAGUCCUUCUGUUGUUAUAAACAACCAAGAGGUCCAAGGAACAUGGAGAAAUGUUUUUUCAAGCUGCCGACCUUGUUACAUAUGGAUAUUUGAUUUUGAUAUGAAUGAUACUAUCAGAACUGUUAAUGUUACAAUAACCUUAAGAGAGAAGAAGGUCACUAAGUCAGUAUCUGUAGGAAAAGGUGAGAUUGAAUCAUGGGCUCUGUCGAGUGAUAGUCAUCUUCUAAGGGCUGAAUUAACAGCAAUUCACAGUUCUUUACUGGAGAAUGAAUUGGAUUCUUGUAAAAUGUUGUUAGAAGAAGAACCUGACAACAAGUGGACAAUUUUCACCAUAGUUCUACUAAUGAGAGCUUUAGACGCUUUAACGUAUCAAGACGAGACAAACAAGUACUUAACUAAACUGUGCCAAGUAGACCCUUCUCGUCGUGGUUACUAUGACGACCUCUGCAAGAAAUUUGCCUUAGAAAACGCAAUUGAAAAGUACUGGAAAGAGACCAACAAUAUCACAGGAUGCAAAAGAUCUAUCAAUUUAUCAAAUAUGGGUUUAACCAAUCUCUACCAUAUGCAGCAACUUCUGCUGGUCAACACUGUGGACCUUUCAUCUAACGAACUKACAAACCUGGACCAAUGCAACGCAUUACAGUGCACAAAGACACUUAUAGUGUCCAGCAACAAACUACAGACCAUAUCCCUGCGCCUUAACCAAUUGGAAGAAUUGAUUGUCAACAAAAACUGUAUUAAGGAUGUCAUCUCCCUGGAAACAUUGAAAGACUGCCCACGAUUAAAGAAACUGGAUUUAAGAGACAAUGAAGUGUGUUCAUUAGUAGACUACAGGAUGAAAGUGAAAGACGUGCUACCAUUCUUACGUUACCUUGACAACGAACCAUUAUGAGCAUGAAAUCAAGAUUGGUAUUAAUGUCAACUAUGACGGACUAUCUACAAAGAUUAUUGGCGACAAAUGGUACAUCCUUGAAACAUGACAUCAAAAAUCAAGGUUCUUUUUCCAUUAAAAGCUUACCAAAAGCGGACAGAAAGCGCUUAUUGGCAUUUUGUAGUUCUUUACUUUGAUUCUUAAAAUCCUUUUAAAUCAUGCUAGCAUCAUCUGUGAGUGCUUAAACUGUGACGAACAGGAUAUUUCAUGGUAACAUCCACAUGGAAUUAACUUCAAUUUAUUCUAAAAUACAGGUGAAAACACGACUUUGAAUAAAAUAUAUACAGCAAGGCCAGCUGGUUUGCUCAAGAGCUUUAAAGGAAUAUAUUGCUAUAUUGAUAAAAAUAAAAAUGAAUUGUGAAAUGAAUAAAGAUGGUUAAGGGUCA